UUACCUAUAUAGAAAAGAAUUUUAUGGUUAUAGAGAGUGACCUAUGCAUUUUGUUUGUUCAGGUCCGGUAUGCCCCACAACUACCUUUAGUUUUGAGAGGCAUUACAUGUACAUUCCCUGGAGGGUUGAAGACGGGGAUUGUUGGUCGGACUGGCAGUGGAAAAUCCACUCUCAUUCAAGUCCUCUUCAGGAUCGUGGACCCCGUCGGAGGCCAAAUUCUCAUGGAUGGUAUUGACAUCUCCUGUAUAGGACUCCAUGACCUGCGCUCCAGACUAAGCAUCAUUCCUCAAGAUCCCACCAUGUUUGAGGGAACCAUCAGAAGUAACCUGGACCCCUUAGAAGAGUACUCUGAUGGUGAGAUUUGGCAGGCUCUAGAUAAAUGCCAGCUCGGAGAGGAAGUCAGGCAAAAGGACCUAAAAUUGGAGUCCUUAGUGUCAGAGAAUGGAGAGAACUGGAGUGUGGGUCAGAGGCAGUUGUUGUGCUUAGGGAGAGUGCUUCUAAAGAAGAGUAAAGUGUUGGUGUUGGAUGAAGCAACUGCCUCGGUUGACACCGCAACUGACAGCCGUAUCCAGCAAACCAUCAGGAAACACUUCUCUGAUUGUACUGUUAUAACCAUAGCUCAUCGUAUUGCAACUGUUCUUGAUAGUGACAUGGUCUUGCUGCUUGACAAUGGCAUUGUGGCUGAAUUUGAUUCUCCUUCCGUGUUGUUAGAAAACAAGUCUUCCUAUUUUGCUAAACUUGUGGCAGAGUACACCAUGAGAUCGAGCACUUGUUCGGAAAAAUGAUCCAUCUGUAGUGUGAUUAUGAUAUGAGGAUGACGAUGAUGCAAAUUCGAAGUUAUUGGAUGCACCCUGUAGGCAGUGUGCAAUAAAGGAAGGUGUGAACUCAAGCACCCUUCCACAGUCAGAUAUGAACCUACAGUGCAAAUGCUGAUGGUCUUCAAAUACUUGUUUUACCAUUUUGAAAGUCAAGAGGGUUUUUUUGGUGUAUAACGAAAUGUUUCAUUGCUUAGUCAUAUGUUUGAGAGAGCUCGUACCCUUAGUAUUUUAAAGGAUUUUUCAAAAUAGUUGCUCUAUUUUCCUUCUGUUGGUGUUUUUCAAGCUAAAGCAAAGUAUGCUAAGUGAAGUUUUAAGU